AGCCCAAGAGGACAGAAGUCGAUUCUUCAUCUUCGUGUAUCGUUGGCUGCGCUCCUCCCCUUUUUUCCUUCACUGCAUUCAGGACAGACGAGUCCCCUGUGUCUCCUCCUGCAACGAUUUUCCGUUAUUAUCCGAAACUCUUCAUACUUCGAAUCUCAAGCUCCCCUCUGGACCUUCCAGUUCUCCUGAACUUUCUGUCCUUUUCGUUUUUGGGGGCUUAAAGAGAUGGGGAAGUUUAGAAAGCCAUCCCAAAAAACGAUAACAGAGAGUGAAAGUGGUUCUGAAAUCGACAGUGAUGAAGUUCUAGAUAAUAUAUCAUCUAAUGACGAAGAGGAGGAGGAAAAUGUCGUAAGUGACGACGGGGAAGAGGGAAACACUGAAAGUGAUGAUUUUGGUGACGAAGAUGAAGAAGAAGCGGGUUCCUAUGAAAAGAAUGAAUCUGGUGAUGAAGACGAUUAUGAGGAAGCGGAACAAAAGGAGGUGCUAAAGAAUGCUGAAAUGGAGGAGCUUGAGAAUGAAUAUAGGAAACUACAGCAAACUGAGCAAGAGCUAUUGAGCAAUCUAAAAAGCCAUAAGAAUGAGGAUAUUUUAAAAGGUGAAGCAGUGAAAAAUCAGAAGGCUCUUUGGGAUAAGACUCUUGAGAUAAGAAUCUUGCUGCAGAAACCAUUCUCAAGCUCCAAUAGACUUCCACAGGAGCCAAUUAAGUCUUCAUUCUGUGAUUAUGGUGAUGAAAUUAGUGAAGCAUAUUCAGAUCUAAUUGGUUCUUCAAUGAAGACUUUGGAGUCUAUAUCGGAAUUACAAGCGGCACUUCUUGAGAAUAAUCCAUCAAUUACUCAAUCCACAGAUGGAACUGAUGUUGUGGAAGAGUCUCAUCAGGCAAUUGGUGAAAUUGAUGAAGAAUGGUCACAAAUUGCUCAAAUGCAUUCAAGAAUGGCUUCUUUUAGAGACAAGUCAAUAGACAAAUGGCAAAGAAGGACCCAAGUAACAACCGGUGUUGCUGCAGUUAAAGGAAAAUUACAUGCAUUUAAUCAGAGCAUUAGUCAACAAGUGAGUAAUUACAUGAGAGAUCCAAGUAAAACAAUAAAGGGUAUGCAGCUGAAUACGUCCGCUGUAGCUAUAUUUGGUACUGUUCCUAAUAUUGAUCAUACAGCCACACAAGAGGGUAUAAAUGUUGAUGGCAAUCCAGAACUUCUAUAUGACGAGGACUUCUAUCAGCAGUUGCUCAAGGAAUUUUUUGACUCUGUUGAUCCAACAUCAUCCGGGAAUACAAUUUACCCUCGGAAAAGACUGCAAACAAAGAAAGUGAAAGUUGUUGACAGACGAGCAUCAAAGAGUCGUAAAAUCAGAUACAAUGUUCAUGAAAAGAUCGUCAAUUUCAUGGUUCCAGAGCCCAUGGAUAUGCCUCCCAUGGCCCCCAAGUUAUUCGAGAAUUUGUUUGGUCUUAGAACACAGAGUCAAGCUUCUUAAGUACUCCAUAGUAUGUAAUAAUUUAAACUAAAUGUUCAUCAAGAUCAUAUUUUUAUGGAAUAUUGGAUUCAUGUCCAUUGUAUGUGAAAUGUUUUGCGACAGUCCUAUUUAAGGAUAUCAUUACCAUGCCCUUGUACACUUGUGUAAUGUACUUACAUUAAGUGGCGUUUUAGUUUUCCUUAGCACUUGUGUAGUUGUGUGUUUACCAACUUGCUCUGUUGCUUUUCUUGUUUUUCCGCAAUGCUAACGUUACUUUUCACUUUUUA